AUGCGCUCCUCCGAGGCCAACUGGAAGGCACGACAAGAUGACCCUAUACAACGACGUGAUAUCACAGCAUCUGCCAGCUCUCCCUCCCAAGCCACGACCGAGCUUAUCGAAUUUCAGGAAGAUUUCAUUGACAUAGCAUACUACGUGAAUGUCACAGUCGGCACUCCGCCUCAGUCCUUUCUGGUGAUUGCCGAUACCGGGAGCUCUGACUUCUGGCUUGGUGCUCCAGGGAGCAUCGGCAUCAACAAUGUGUUCGAUCCCAGCAGUUCGUCGACUUACGACCCCUCAACAAUACCGAUUAACUUGCAGUACGGCGAAGGAUUCUUUAACGGCUACGCGGGAUCCGACACGGUAUUGGUUGCAGGAUUCACCAUUCCGCACGCUGUGGUGGAAUCCGGAACGGUGAACUCGUCGGCGUUCGAGUUCAGGCAGUUGUCGGGCAUCAUGGGAUUUGCCUGGCAAGGUCUUGCAGCGUCGGGAUCAGCGAAUUUCAUGGAGCAACUCGUCGGGACGAACACGCUGUCCGAACCUGUGGUCAGCUUUCACCUCGGUAGGGGCGUCGACGGCAUCAUUGCAGACCCGAACCCCUUCAAUAGCACGCUCAAAUCCGGUAGUUCGAUCACAAUCGGAGGCACUGACACGUCGACCUUUACAGGUGACAUCACGCACUAUGCCAUCGUUUCAGAAGCACAUUGGGUUGUUCAGGCCGAUGGGAUGUCCGUCGGAAACACUUUGGUCUCCGGGACGGCCGGGAUCCAAGCGAUGAUGGACACCGGGACGUCCCUCGUUUCAAUGCCAGACGACGCCUUCACCGCCCUCGCCUCCGCCCUCCAUGCUCAUAUAGAUAAAACGACCGGGACCAUGUGGGUGAAUUGCUCAUCUACGCUUCCACCGGUUGCCUUGCGGCUCGGUGGAAAGGAUUACGCCUUCGCCGUGGAAGAUUUGGUGACGGAGGUGCAGCCCGUCGAGUCGAGCGAGAUGGCCCAACAAGUAGGCCUCAAACAGGGCAGCCUCGCUUGCCUACUGCCGUUCAUGGCGGGACAAGAUACGUCAGAGCUGGGACAGGGCACGACACCCAUGAUUAUCUUCGGCGACACAUUUUUGAAGUCCUACACGUCGGUUUUCGAUUAUGGGAAUAAGUCUGUCGGUCUUGCCGCAUCCGUCCCGGCUUCGAAAUUCCCUUCGAUGUCGGACGUCGUCGGCUUCAAGCUCAGUCAGAAGGAACUAGCAUCCGGCUCAGUAGUCGCGUCGUCAGCGGCAGCUUUGGUUAGUCUCGCGCAUGUUUCCAGCGGUUUGAUCGUGGCAUCGAUCAUUUCCUUGGGGCUUUCGGCGUUGUGA